CCUGUACUGUGUCCGCAUUCUCUGGUCAUCUCCUGUACUGUGUCCGCAGUCUCUGGUCAUCUCCUGUACUGUGUCCGCAUUCUCUGGUCAUCUCCUGUACUGUGUCCGCAGUCUCUGGUCAUCUCCUGUACUGUGUCCGCAGUCUCUGGUCAUCUCCUGUACUAUGUCCGCAGUCUCUGGUCAUCUCCUGUACUAUGUCCGCAGUCUCUGGUCAUCUCCUGUACUGUGUCUGCAGUCUCUGGUCAUCUCCUGCACUGUCCGCAGUCUCUGGUCAUCUCCAGUACUAUGUCCGCAGUCUCUGGUCAUCUCCUGUACUGUGUCCGCAGUCUCUGGUCAUCUCCUUACUAUGUCCACAGUCUCUGGUCAUCUCCUGUACUGUGUCCGCAGUCUCUGGUCAUCUCCUGUACUGUGUCUGCAGUCUCUGGUCAUCUCCUGUACUGUGUCCGCAGUCUCUGGUCAUCUCCU